AUGUCUUCAGAUCCAUCUUCGCCCAUCUAUAUCGCCCACUCCUACAUCUCCAACGCCCGGUUCCACCAGCGCUUCACCCUCGAAGCCACUGCCACACAUGGCCCCCUAAAUGUAACCUACGCCGAGUUCGGGCGGCAACCCGACGAGUCAGGAACUCCUCCAACCCUGCUCCUCAUUCCAGGGAUGUUUUCCUCCCGAUACCUGGGUAUACAACUCGACGCCAUAGCGGACAAACUAGGCGUUCGUGUAUUGGUUGUCGAUCGUCCUGGCAUGGGCGGUUCGACAGAUGUACCGCUCGUCCAGCGCAUGUCUACCUGGGUAGAGCUUGUUCCACGUCUGUUGGCGCAUCUCGGUAUUCAACAUGUGGCGCUGGCGUCGCAUAGUGCUGGCACUAUGUAUCUUUUGAAUACUCUCUACCAUUGUCGGGAUUUUUUGUAUCCCAGCAAUCCGGUUGUUAACAUGCUAGCGCCAUGGGUUGAUCCCGCCCAUUCCCUCAAAACCUCCAUGCAAAUGCUCCAAUACAUCCCCAACAAAGCAUUUGAUCUCUGGCAUCGCAUUCCCAAAUUCUUCAUGCUUCAAGCUGCACCCGCAUUCGCAUCCAGCGGAGCAGUAGUGAAGAAAGUCACUAAUGCGAUUUCCUCAAAUGACACUACUAGUCAUGACAAUUCUCGGCAGGAAAAGCAGCGUCGCCAUAUCGAGGAGGUGUAUGGACUAUCUCGUGAUGUGCAAGCUGAAUUGGACAAUCUCAUGCAUAAAUACAUGUUUGAAGAGGAAACAGUUGGGGCAAACAGUGAAGCCCUGCAGUGUCUUCGAAAGGAACCUACUAAUACCUGGGGGAAAUGUGAGGACUAUGAGGUUUUUGUACGCGACUUUGUGAAGUUGGAACGCGGGCGAGACGGGAAGGCCACUCCAUUGAAGAUUCAGGCUUACUUUGCUGAGUCUGAUGUAAUGAUUGGGAAGAAAGGGCAGAUUUAUUUCGAAGAGCGUUGGUGUGGGACGGAUGAGGAGUAUAAGGAUGUAGUCGAAUUUGCUUCGACGACGAUUUCUGGUACUGACCAUGAUACUUUGGCUUUGUCGGUAGAGGUUUGGGAGCCCAUUUUUAAAGAGUUGAUUCGCGUCCUGGGUGAUGACCAUGAGCAAUGA